GAAAUUGAAAAAAAAAAUUUAAUAUUUUUUUUAUUUAUUUAUUUUUAUUCCUUUUGUCUUUUUUUUUUUAUCUUUUACUUUUUUUAUUAAAAUUAUACUUUCUUUGACUCAGGUCAAGUAAUACAACGCAGUAAUAUUUAAGUUCAUCAUUUCAUGUGUUAAAACUCAAAAAAGUCAUAUUAAAAUUGGCAAAUUCUUUUUUUGAAACUCAAAAACAAUGAUGAAAACUUUUCACCACAAUGAACGUUAAAAAGAAAUUCACCAAACAUAUUACAAAAAAAAAUUAAUAUUGUUUACCAAUGCAUGUUAAUGUAUUACAAGCCUGCUAUUGUAUCUUAAAAAAGCAUGAACUUCAAUGUGACUUGGUACACUAAAAGAAUUAUACGACGAAAAGCUCUCGGUAGAACUGCUUUUAUUGGGUCUCUAUAUAAUGCUACGAGAGAUACUUUCUGUGGAACUACGAUAUUGAAAACUGAAUUUCCAAAUGAUUCCAUAAAUAGAGCUGAUAUUCCAAAUAGCGAAUUAUCUUACGAAUAUGAGGAUUCGUAUGUGGAAAAGUUCAACAAAUUAGACGUCGAAGCCGAACUGAAAUUAAGUGCUCUCGCAGGACUGGUUACUUUAGAAGGUUCGGGAAAAUAUCUGAACGAUGUAAAGGAAAGUUCCAAAUCUGUAAAAGGCACUCUAAUAUACAAAAUGACUUCUGUCGAAGAAAAUUUGAAUAUUUAUCGUGACGGUGUUAAAACAUGCAUCUCUACUGAUGGGCUUAGUAAUACAGAUGCCACUCACAUCGUAAUAGGAAUAAAAUGGGGAGCUAUUAUGAUAGCAUCAUUUGAAUGUAAAGACACAAAGGAGGAUAACAAGUCCCAAGUUGAAGCAGCGUUGGAGUCUCAUUUUGAAAAAUUAUCACUCUCUAUUUCCGGAAAUGAUGACGCAAAUAUUGAAAAGGAUCAAUCUAAUCUUAUGAAACAAUUCUCUAUAAAGCUUCUUGGUGAUGUUAUUCCCCAUAAUAAGAGAUUUCCUAAAUCCAUUGAUGAUGUGAGAAAAGUUAUGACAGAUAUUCCUUCAUACGCUAAACAAUCUAAUGAUGGAAAAGGCUCUCCAAUUGAAUAUGUUCUCUAUCCAUUAUCGGAACUUGCGAAAUUACUCACUCAAAAUGAUAUUACAACCGAUAAUACCGAUAGUACCGAUAGUAUGAUAACGGAGUUGACCGAAGAAACUGUUUUAAAAAUAGAUCACAUCUUUGAUGAUUUAUUCAAACCUAAACAACGGCUCAAUGAUUUAUUUAACGAUGCAAAAUCUAUCUCUAAUCUCUUACCUGAUGAUGUUCUUGAUGAGAUCAACAAUCAUGUACAAGAAAUUAAAUUGGAGGAGGCGAAGUUAAGAAAAGAUCUCGCUGAAAGCCUUAUUAAAUUACGUUCUGGAAAAGGCAAUAGUGAUGAUCUUGAAAACAUAAUAAAUGCAUUUCAGAAAAGUAUCUUAUCUAAGAGUUCUAUUACGACGUUCAUUGAUCAAUAUAGAUCAAUAUCCCCAAAGGCUGACUUAGUUCUGACUCUUAAAGCAAAGAAGGUAGAAUACCUUGAUAAUAGUUUAACUAUUGAUCAUAUUCUGCAUAGAUAUUCAAAUGGUCAUAUCUAUAUACUUAUUGAUGAAGACAUCAUUGAUAGCAGUAAUUCGUCGCCAGUGCAUAUGGUAUUCAGGGAUUUAUAUAAUUUAAAUGAAAAAUUGUGCAAAUUCUUUAUAGCUGACACUAAAAUUUGUACUUGGAUAAAAGGCCCUGAUUAUCCAGUAAUUCACCAUUAUGUUAAUGGAAGACUAAAAAGUGAUGACUAUUAUAACGACAAUAAAAAUUUAUUCACAUCAAAUCUUGUUAAGUUUGAAGUAUGUAAUUCAAGACCAAGAGAUGAUCCAAGCGAUAAGAUGCGAUUAGCAAUACCUUGCCCACAUGUCGAUUGUCCACAUAAUAUUUGCAAUUGGAGAUGUUUCAAUUGUGAACAGGAUAUAGAAUAUGGAUAUAAUCGGUACUUUUAUUGUGGUUGUGGCGAAAGUGAAAUAACUAGUUGUAAAUUCAGGUGCAAUAGUCCUUAUCACAAUGUAGGAUAUAUAUCUUUUGAAUCAAACACACUUAUUGAUCUAUUACCAGCAGCGCCUCCGGAAGAAAUAAAUAUAUUAUUACUUGGUGAAACUGGUGUGGGGAAAUCAACCUUUAUAAAUGCUUUCGUUAAUUAUCUUAAAUUUGAUACGCUAGAGGAAGCAAAAUCUGGGAAUAUGGAAGUAUUGAUUUCAUCAAAAUUCACGAUCACGGAUGAUAAAUAUGAAACGAAAACAAUUAAGAUAGGUAAUGAUGAUUCAAAUGAGAGAUUGGAAAAUAUUGGCAUGUCGUCCACUCAAGAAUGUAAAAGCUACGUCUUCCAAGCAGCUGAAAAUAAAAUUGUAAGAUUGAUUGAUACUCCUGGUAUAGGUGAUACUAGAGGGUUGGAUCAAGAUAAGAAAAAUUUUGAAAAUAUCCUAAAGUAUAUUAGUCAUCACCGAUACUUAAAUGGGAUCUGCAUACUUCUUAAACCUAACAAUUCUCGGUUAACCGUAAUAUUCAGAUUUUGUAUACAAGAAUUAUUAUCACACCUUCACAGAAAUGCAAAGGAUAACAUUGUUUUUUGCUUUACCAACGCUAGAGGAACUUUCUACCGUCCAGGUGAUACACUGCCACCACUUAAAAAACAACUUGAGGAGCUCAAAAAGCGAUCUAGUGUUGAAAUAAAAGUAAAUCUAGACACAAUAUAUUGUUUCGACAAUGAAUCAUUUAGAUUUCUAGCGGCAAUCAAGGAACCAGGUAUAACAUUUACGGAUGCUGAUGAAAAAAAUUUUUCAGAAAGUUGGAAAAAGUCUGUGGAUGAAUCAUUAAGACUUAUUCAAUAUCUCGUAACAUGCCAACCUCAUAUAGUGAAAGAUACUCUAUCGCUCAACAAUUCUAGAAAUAUAGUGAUACUUCUUUCUAAACCACUUGCAGAGAUAGGACAACUUAUCCAAACAAAUAUUAAGUUAAUUAAAGAACAACAAAGUGAAAUUGCAAAUUCUAACCAAACAAUAGAAGAACUUAAAGAUCAACUAUACAUUCCACAAAUAGAUCUUGAACCAGUAACGUUGGGGUAUCCAAGAACUGUAUGUACCAGCAUUAGUUGUGUCCGAUCAUUGCAAAUUGAUGGAACGAACGUUAGUAAAAUAGACUACAUAACACAUUGUCAUCAACGCUGUUAUUUGAAAAAUGUCAAAUGUGAUGAAAUAAACAAUGCAGCAUUGAAAAGUUGUCAAGCAAUGAAUUCAAGUGGAAAAUGUAAUAAAUGUGGCUGUCAAUGGGAAAAGCAUAUGCACAUCACUUAUGAGAACAAACAAGUAACUAAAAGGAUUAUUGAUCAAAAUGUAGUAUUGUUAAUUUCGAAAAAGAAAUCAGAUCAAGAAACCAAAAGAGCAAUUAUAGAAGAUUAUCAAACAAGGGUUAAUCAGCUACAAAAAGAACAACAUACAAUAAAUGAAAUUAGUCUGAAGUUUGCACAAUUUCUAAGACAAAAUGCAAUAGCUGCUUUUAAUGAUGCAUACGCAGAUUACUUGGAUCAUUUUAUAGGAGAAGAAAAGAUUAAGAAGAGCGUUGACCCUAAUAAUUAUGAUGAUGAAAUUCUUAAAGGACUUGAAACCACAAAAAGAAAUUAUUUAGCACAGAUUGAAAUUAUAAAAAAAGCGAUCGACAGCAAUGAUCCUUCUAUGCCUCCAAUUUUGCCAGAUGACAUAGCUGAACUCGAACAGAAAUUAUACGAUUUACCAAUUAAUGGUCAAACUUUGAGAAAAAUCAAAGACGAAGCAAAGCGUGGUCAGGUUAAGGCAUUUAGGUAUAAAGAAAAUUAUUAUAUGCCUUCUUGGAAGACAAUAACGAGUAAAAGAAAAUUUAUUUCAAAUAAAUUUGUAGAACUUUUUAGAUGGUAAGAUUAAUAGAUGAUAGUUAUUACUAUUUGAUAGUUACUUUUUGAACCGAUCAUGUAUAAGUUUUAUUUAUUUUUAUUUUAUAUUGUUGUAUAAAUAAAUUUUAUUUGGUUA